CCGUUUUUAGAUUGUAAGUAACAAGACCGUACAACCAUAGGUACGGUACACCAGUUAAAUAAUGAUAGUUUAUAUAUAAUGCGUUAUGAUGUCAAAGUACAAACUACGGACGACUUGCAACAUCGCGUUGUAGACGGCUUUUGUGUUGGUACCCAUCACAUGUGGUUCUGUCGGAUAUGUUAUCUUAUUAUUAUUUAUUAUUACAAUAAUUUAAUGUGGACCGUGUGCGUCUGUACACGAUUAUUAUUAUUAUUAUUAAUUGAGUUUAAUCGAAAUGGAUAUAAUAUUAUUAUUGUGCAACUAUUCCGUUACCAGACGUGUGAUGCGCUCGUCACGAGAUGAUGGACUUAAUAUAAUGACUAAUAUUAUGUAUACGUGAUUAUAGUCUACUUUUAAAGUGAAAUCAACGAGGGUAAAAAGCUAUCAUUUACAAAAUUUUGUGUAAAUCAAAAGUUCAAUUUUGUUCAGGAUGUCGUUUACGGCAUGCUUAUCAUACUUAGCAAUAGCUUUGGCAGCUUUGCACUUGGCUAAUGGAGGAUACGUGUAUAAAACUGAAUACUUUACAGUUCCGGUCGAUCAUUUUAGUUUUACAAAUAAUGAAACUUUCCGUAUGAAAUACCUCAUCAACGACACGUACUGGGAACGAGAAAACGGUCCAAUAUUUUUUUAUGCUGGCAACGAAGGAGCUAUUGAAAUGUUUUGUGAAAAUACGGGUUUCAUGUGGGAGAUAGCCGAAGAGUUCCAGGCCCUGAUCGUUUUCGCCGAGCACCGUUACUACGGCGCUUCGAUGCCGUACGGCAAUAAAUCGUACGACGACAACAGCCGGCUUGGAUAUCUGACCUCGCAACAGGCGCUCGCCGACUACGUGGACCUGAUCACUUACUUGCGGCACAACGGGUCGUUUUCGAGUCGGAGCCUGAACGAAACUGUCGAUAUUUAUGACCUCGGUGUCAAUGACACGAUUGGCCCGUCACCGUCCAGCACCAACCCCGUGAUCGCUUUCGGCGGAUCGUACGGCGGCAUGUUGGCCGCCUGGUUCCGUAUGAAGUAUCCUGCCAUCAUCGAAGGUGCUAUAGCGUCGUCUGCUCCGAUAUGGCAAUUCACUGGUAUGACACCAUGCAAUGCAUUCUACAGGGUCACGUCAUCGGUAUAUACAGAUACAAGUACCGAAUGCGGUUUGACGAUAUUAGCGUCUUGGAAAGCUAUUAAUAAUGUUACAAAAACGGUUGAAGGAAAGACGUGGUUGUCUCAGAAAUGGAAACUAUGUUCACCUUUGACAAACGACAAUGACGUCUUGACUUUGAAACAGUGGGCGUCUGAACUUUAUGUGAACUUGGCCAUGAUAAAUUACCCUUAUUCUGCAAAUUUUUUAACACCAUUACCCGGAUAUCCAGUUAAGGAAGUUUGUAAGCCAAUGAAAAACCAUACAGAAGACGACUUAACACUUUUGGAAUCAGUCUUCAAAGGGUUGAAUGUAUACUUUAACUAUACCGGUACAUCUAAGUGUUUGGAUAUUUUUUCCUCUUCUGCUCCUACACUUGGUGAAAAUGGAUGGAACUAUCAAAGCUGCACCGAAAUGGUUAUGCCAAUGUGCUCUAAUGGAGUUAAUGAUAUAUUCGAAAGACAACCCUGGGAUCUUAAAGCAUAUGCUAAAUACUGUUUUGAAACUUUUAAGGUCCAGCCUAGUGCUUAUACAAUCGAGAAAACAUAUGGUGGUAAAAAUUUGAACGCUGCUUCUAAUAUAAUUUUCAGCAACGGUUUAUUGGAUCCGUGGUCGAGCGGUGGAGUGUUGCAAGACAUAUCAAAAACAGUGCUAGCUGUGGUAAUACCAGAAUCUGCACAUCACUUGGACCUGAGGGCAUCCAACCCCAAAGACCCAGAAAGUGUGAUUAAAGCCAGAAAAUUCUAUAAAAAUUGGAUUAAAAAAUGGAUAUUUCACUAUCAAAAACGUCUAACACGAAAUUCAAACAACUCAUUCGUCAAACAACAAAUAGUUCUUACUAUUUAAUGACGUUAUAAUUAAAAUGACAAUAUUGAUGAUUCACAAUUAUGUUGUGUUAUUUUUAUUAAUGAUCAACAAAUUAAAUACCUUACAUCGAAGUUUAUACCUAAA